UUCGUCUCGUUCUGGUACUCCUCGGACGUUCAUUUGAAGUUACAGGCAGAGUGUUUUGGAGGUAAAUACCUUCAAGGUGUGGUGUGCGCGGACUUAUUUCUAAGUGGCAAAGGCUCUCUACAAGCUUGACAACAAUGGGAAAAACGAAGGGCACAGAGGCUCCAGCAGAUGCAUGCCCAGCGCCAAAGCGAAAGUCUCCACGAUUGUUAGCUAAAGAGGCAGAAACUAAAACGGAGACAGAAACUAAACCAGCGCCAACAAAGAACGCGCCUAAGAGCCAAAAUGUGAAGGAGGUGCCCAAGGGCAAACCGGAACAGAAGAAAGAGGAACCUCAGGAUGAAAAACAAGAGGACCCUGCUGAAAACGGGGAGGCCAAAGUUGAAGAGGCGGCUGCAGCAGAUGGAAAGAAGGAUAAGAAAGAAGCGGAUAAAACAGAUGAGUAGAAUUGCCUCAAUUCAUCUGCCCGUGCCCCCCCCCCCUGUACCUUCUUUAAUGUCAAGUGCACAUCCUGUUUUCAACUGCCAAUAUUUGGGACAGCAGCAUUUUUAGGGACAUAAAUGCAAACACACAUUUAAAA